AUGCAUAGUCUGUUAAGCAUCUCACAAUUUUGUGAUAAAGGAAACUCGGUAAGCUUUACUUCAGAAAAUUGUCGAAUUAUAAACAAUGACAGCAAGAAAGUUAUUUUGGAAGGAACUCGAAAAGGGAACACAUAUACUGUGGAUCUAAACAAAGUUCCAAGGAACAACUUAACUUGUCUAAGUGUCAUUGAAGAAGAUCCCCUUUUGUGGCAUAAAAGAUUCGGACAUGCCAGCUUUUCACUACUUGACAAACUAAGAUCAAAGGAGCUAGUAAGAGGGCUACCUUCUAUCAAGUUCCUUAAAGAUAAAGUUUGUGAAGCCUGUGCCAAAGGAAAACAUGUCAGAAGCUCUUUUAAGCCUAAAAACAUAGUAAGCACAACAAAACCAUUGGAACUCAUCCAUAUGGACUUGUGCGGACCUAUGAGAAUACAAGGCAGAAGUGGGAAAAGAUAUGUCUUAGUUAUAGUUGAUGAUUACUCACGUUUCACUUGGGUUAUUUUUCUAACAAGCAAGGAUGAAACCUUUGACGAGUUUGUUGCCUUUGCAAAGAAAAUUCAAAGAACCACAGGUUAUCAACUCAUACAUAUAAGGUCAGAUCAUGGAACUGAAUUUGAAAAUCACAAGUUCACUGAAUACUGCAAGGAACAAGGUAUGGAUCAUAACUUCUCUGCUCCUAGGACUCCACAACAAAAUGGAGUCGUUGAAAGGAAAAACAGAACCUUGGAAGACAUGGCUAGAACCAUGUUAAUUGCUAGUUCCUUACCUAGGAACUUUUGGGCAGAAGCAGUAAAUACAGCUUGUUAUAUUGUCAAUAGAGUCAUGAUUAGAACCUUAUUAAACAAGACUCCCUAUGAGCUACUAAAAGGAACAACACCUAAUAUCUCUUACUUUAGAGCCUUUGGAUGUAAAUGCUUUGUCCAUAACAAUGGUAAAAGAAACCUAGGGAAAUUCGAUGAUAGAAGUGAUGAGGCUGUGUUCCUAGGAUACGCCUCAAAUAGUAAAGCUUACAGAGUCUAUAAUAAGCGGUCAAUGAGUGUUGAAGAGAGUGUGCACAUUAUUUUUGAUGAAACUAACAAUGUUAAUGAAGUUCAAGAGCAGGAGAAUUUCGAUAUUGGUUUAAUUCGCCUUACAGAUAAUGAUGAGGAAGAUUCUCCAGCUGAACCACAUAAGAAAGAUCAAGGAAUUCCUGUGCAAGGGGAACAAGCAGAAAAUCAGGAGCCAAGAAAUCACACCGAAGCUCUGGAAGAUGCUGAUUGGAUAACAGCCAUGCAAGAAGAGCUAAAUGAAUUAGAAGCUAUAAGAAUCUUGAUUGCCUUUGCUGCUUUUAUGGGUUUUAAACUGUACCAAAUGGACGUCAAAUGUGCUUUUUUAAAUGGUUUUCUAGAAGAAGAUGUCUAUGUGGAACAACCUCCUGGUUUCGAAAAUCCUGAAUUUCCCAACCACAUCUAUAAGCUUGAUAAAGCUCUUUAUGGAUUGAAGCAAGCGCCUAGAUCGUGGUAUGAUAGAUUAUCUAAAUUCCUUUUGCAAAAUGAUUUUAAACGAGGCAGAAUUGACAAAACUUUAUUUCUAAAAUCAAAACGAGCAGACUUGUUAGUUGUACAAAUUUACGUUGAUGAUAUAUUAUUUGGUGCAACUAACGAAAUUUUAUGCAAGGAAUUUGCAAAUUUAAUGAGCAGCGAAUUUGAAAUGAGUAUGAUGGGGGAACUAAAUUUCUUCCUCGGUUUGCAAAUCAAACAAACCAAAGAAGGAAUCAUGAUCCACCAACAGAAAUACGUGAAAGAACUCCUCAAAAAGUACGAAAUGGAAACUGCCAAAGUGAAUCACACACCAAUGGGAACAACCACAAGAUUAGACGAAGAUCCCAGAGGAACAAGUGUGAAUCAAACAAGAUACAGAGGGAUGAUUGGAUCCCUGCUCUACCUAACUGCAAGUAGACCUGACAUCUCAUUCAGUGUAGGCUUGUGCGCAAGGUUCCAGUCAAACCCAAAGGAGUCUCACAUGACUGCUGUAAAGAGGAUUCUCAGAUACCUCAAAGGAACAGAUGAUCUAUGUUUGUUCUAUCCAAGAAGUGGAACAUUCGACUUAAGAGGAUAUGCUGAUGCUGACUAUGCUGGUGAUCUGGUAAAUCGUAAAAGCACAUCAGCUGAAGCUGAGUACGUAGCUGCUGCUGCAUGUUGCUCUCAAAUCCUUUGGAUAAAGCAACAGCUAAGGGAUUUUGGUAUCAUAUAUGACUGUGUUCCGAUUUAUUGUGAUAAUACUAGUGCAAUAUGUAUUUCUAAAGAUCCAGUUCACCAUUCCAGGGUCAAGCACAUACACAUUAGACACCACUUUCUUAAGGAUAAUGUAGAAAAAGGUUUAAUUAAGUUGGAUUUUUGUCAAACAGAAAAUCAAAUUGCAGAUAUCUUGACUAAACCUUUAAGCAGAGAGAAGCACGAGAAAAUGAGACUGGAACUGGGAAUGAUCAAGCUAAGAUAA